AACCAACCCACAAAUACAUUUCCAUACCCGUACUCUAUCCUUUGUCUAUCCACCGUAGCCAUGUCAAGAGGAACAGACCGUCUGAUAAAGAGUGCGAAGCAAUUCGCUGACUUACAAUACAAGCUCUUCACUGCUCGAUAUGGACAACAAUUGAUUGACAUUUUUGAGUUCCCCAUAAAACUUGUCUUGUCUCCUUUCACUCUCGCCUUUGACAUUGUGGGCUCUGCUCCUCGUGGGUUUGGUGCCCCUGAACUCAUCUCCAAGCUCUCCUAUGCUUCUAUCUUUGCUAUUGCUACUUUGGGGACCUAUGAUAUUGCCUUGGAGAUGGGAAAGAAAGUGAUAUGUCAAAGGAAUUGUAAGACUUGCAAUGGAUGGCAGGCAUUGCGAUGUAAUAUGUGCAAAGGAGCAGGGAAGGUUCAUUAUCAAGUUAAAAAUUAUACCUUGAGAAGUGGUGAGAAGGCUACAGCUGAAUGCAUUGCAGAUGCCAUUGCUGACAACCGGGCUGAGCUGGUGCACCUUCCCCCCUCCAUGGAUCUUAACAUGCCUUUGCCAUCUAAAGACUGUCCUUCUUGUGAUGGAACAGGUGUAAUGAGCUGCCCUGAAUGCAAAAACAAAUUACAAGUCAGGAUCUCUGCAGAUGAUAUAAUGGAGCCCCCAUGGCAAGCCUACAACGUCCUGAGAAAGAUGGAGUAUCCCUAUGAGCAUAUAGUUGAUAGCAUGAGAGACCCCAGCAUUGCUGCAUUUUGGUUGUUUUCCUUUCCUGAGAUUAUGGGUGGCUUCAACUAUGAUGGUGAUGUCAAACAGAGAAUUUGGUGGCAAUACAAGGAAUCAAUGAGGUAUGAUCAACUACGAGAUAUGGUAGCCAAGCGAAAUCCUGGUUGGGAGCACUUGCAGGAAGCUCUGAUCUCCAUAGAUCCUGUUCGUGCCAGGGAUGAUCCUGUUGUUGUGAAAAAUGUCCCAUACUACAAAGCCAAGAAGGCACUGGAGGCAGAGGUCAUGAAACUUGAUCCACCACCUCGGCCACAAAAUUGGGGUGGGCUGGACCUUCCACUAAAUGCAUCAUCAUGGAGCGAGGAGGAUCUUAAAAAACCAGAAAAGUUCUAUGAGAUGACUGUUCUUCUUAAUGCACAGAGAGAAAUUGCUGAUAAAAUUUUGGAUUCACAAUGGGAAACUAAAUGGCGUCAAGAAAAGUUGAAUGAUAUGUUGGAGGAGAAGGUGCGGCCAUACAUUCAAAACAUCAGCAAUGGUGCCCUUCCCCGUCCUAUCCUAAUACAAUCACAGAAGCAGGAUAAAAAGAGGAGGCAGCGAAGAUGGUGGUUUUUCUGAAGUUGUUUUAACCAUCAUUCCAAUGGAGGCAGUGCGGGUAUAAUUUGUGUUUCACAUUUUUCUCUUCCAAAAUUGUUCUUGUUUUUUCUUCAUAACCUACCUGAGUCUACUCUGCGAUUUUUUGUAGUGUCCUAUUUUAAGCUGUACCUUUAUCCUCUACCUCUUGUCUGAUAUUUUGUAGCUACAAUUUGUCUAUGUUUUUGUUCCCUUAGCCUUUGAUUAAAUGAAAUAUACUCAAUAUUUCAGCUGAAUGAUACUCAAUAUCUCAAUAUACUCUCUUAUUACACAAAGACUAAGGAAAAGUUGUUUCA